AGGCAGGUCGCGGUCGAGCUUCUGAUGGUGGUUGUGAGUUUGAGGCUAAAUACCACGAGCCAACCUCUAUCACGGCGCAUUUGCUAAGGCUACGUCAUGCCCACUACAGCUUCGAUUACCUUUUCUUGAAUCUGAAUCUGAAGCUGUAGUUUUAACGUGCAUGUGCAUAGCAUAAAGUUUCUCUGCUUUGUUUAUCAAAACCAACUUUCAUAAGAAAUUUGCUUUCAUUUCUCACUCCCUGGGCCUUUUCUUCUUUUUAUACAACCAACCAUUCUCCUAGCUCGACUCGCCCAAAUCAAACACCCACUAUCUUCUCCUUUCAACGUUGUGGCUUGUUACCAACAUCCCGGCUUUCGAGGAUCUUUAUUCCGGGGGACUCUUAAACUUCGACUCCGUCCAAGCCAGUUCUUGAAAGCAGCCAUGGCUUCUUUCAUUCGUUGGUACAACGCCAGAUUGGCUGCGCGUCCACUGCUCACUCAAAGCGUUACCACUGCAUUUCUCUUUGCUACAGGCGAUGUUACAGCUCAGCAGCUCGUUGAGAAGAAAGGUGUUGAGAAGCAUGAUCUUGUCCGAACAGGUCGAAUGGCCCUCUACGGUGGCUUUGUGUUCGGCCCGGUUGCUACAACAUGGUUCGCUUUCCUCGCACGCAGGGUGAACGUGCCAGGGAACAAGAAGGCUGAGGUUCUCAGUCGAGUCGCCUGCGAUCAGCUUGGUUUUGCACCUGUCAUGAUAGGUGUGUUCCUUGGCAGCAUGGCCACGAUGGAGGGGAAGAGUGCACAGGAAAGAAUCGACAAGGCUUGGUGGCCAGCCCUGAAGGCCAACUGGAUGCUCUGGCCUGCCGUCCAGGUCAUCAACUUCUCCCUCAUUCCCUUGCAAUACCGUCUGUUCUUUGCCAAUAUCAUAGCGAUUGGCUGGAACUCCUACCUGAGCUGGGUGAACUCCCAGUGAGAUACACCCCAUGCUUCGCAGAUUGCCUGCCGGUUCUUUUCAUAUAGAUAUAGAAGUGUUUCUGUAUUCACGAUGGAUCGAUGUUCUUUUUGAGAAUCAUCUGGGUUUGUUCCAUGGGUCGGGGAGUAUAUGGUGACGAGGAAAGGAAAAUAAACAGUAAUUUCACAGAAUCUGUAUCAUGUUUCGAUAGACACUGAACCCCGGUAUAAUAAGCCACUCAAGCCGUAUAGCUAUUUGGCUUUCAUGAUAAACAUUGGGUCUCAUUCGAG